AUGGUUCCACUUGACAUUCCUUCACACCAUGAGGCGGCGGUGUAUGAUGAACCGGGCAAGAUUUCGACGAAGCUCGAAACGGUCGAAACUCCCCGACCGAAUGUGGGAGAGGUCCUUGUCCGUUUGACUCACUCCGGGGUGUGUGCCAGCGACAUGGCCGUCAUGACCAUGGGUUGGAAACAUCUGGUCAGACCGACACCUAAAGGCCAGGUUGGCGGCCACGAGGGUGUCGGUGUGGUCGUUGCUCUGGGCUCCGACGCCGACUCCCCAGGUCUCGAGGUCGGACAGAGAGUGGGAAUCAAAUGGUUGGCCUCGGUCUGCGGAAACUGCGAGGCAUGCCUGUCGGGCGCCGACUCGUGCUGCACCGCCAAAAAGAUCAGUGGCUACCACGUCCCCGGUACUUUCCAACAGUACGCCCUCGCCCCGGCUCAAUACGUCACGCCCAUUCCCGAUGGCCUGGCGAGCGAGCAGGCGGCGCCUCUGCUGUGCGGCGGACUCACCGUCUACAGCGCCCUGCGGAAGUCGGGUGCGCACCCGGGAGAUUGGGUCGUUGUGCCGGGAGCCGGCGGCGGGUUGGGUCAUCUUUGUGUACAGAUGGGACGCGCCAUGGGGUUCAGGAUGAUCGGCAUCGACUCGGGAACCAAGAAAUCGCUGGUGAAGGAUGAAUGUGGCGCCGAGGGUUUCGUCGAUCUUGGUGACUACAACAACAACGACGGCGACGACGGAGGUGCGAUGAAGAUGAUCGAGGACGUCAAGCUCAUGACCGGAGGGCCAGGGGCCAAAGCCGUGAUCGUGUGCGCCGCCAGCAACGCCGCCUACGCCCAGGGUCUCCGGAUGCUCAAGUUCAGGGGCACUCUUGUGUGUGUCGGCGUGCCCGAAGGCGAGAGGGUACCCAUCGAGUCGGCCGACCCCGGUUCCAUCGCCGGACGGGAGCUGCGCAUAGUGGGCAGUGCCGUCGGCACCCGGAAGGAUGCCAUCGACGUGAUGGAGCUCGCGUCAAGAGGGAUCGUCAAGACUCAUGUGGAGAUCUUUGGGAUGGAACAGUUGACCACGGUGUUUCAGAAGAUGCAUGCACAGCAGCUACAAGGUCGCGCAGUCAUCAGCCUAGAAGGUUAA